AACUUGGGCUGCUGCUGAGACAGACUGCUUGACAGCUCCUGAUGCUCUCUGCUCACCAGCACACUUAUUCACUACAACUGAAUUAGAAGGAUCAAAGAAAGCGGUGAGAAUUUUCAAGUCACAAAGACUUUUUAUUUUUUCCCCCAACGUCUCUUGAUGCCUACCUGUACAUCCUAUGCGCGAGUGAGAAACCCUCCGCGCUCUCCUUGGGAAGCAUGACAUCAAGCUUUUCGCCUUUUUCAAUCAAAGACAUCCUCACUAGGCGUUACGCCCCAGGGAAGUCUGGUAGCACCGAUGCAGAAGAACUGCGCACUGGGGAUGGCAGCUGCAUCCUUCCGGAAAGACUUACACCUCAUCCAGGGGCGUCUCCAGGAAACCUCCGACCCCUUACCUGCAAGGAGGAACCCUUAGAGACUGAGGUCAAACAAGAGUUUUCUGCGGAGCGGGAUGAGCAGCUCCAAAGCCAGGCGCGCGCAGUGGAAGAGGAGCGUCUCCAGCGCAGGGAGGCAUGCUGCUGUCCCCGGGAUGACCGCCAGCGCAGGCCGGGAACCAAGAAGCGCGCCAGAGCGGCCUUUUCUCACACGCAAGUGCACGAACUGGAGCGCCGCUUCAGCGCGCAGAGGUACCUCUCAGGCCCGGAAAGGGCGGACCUGGCGGAGGCCCUGAAGCUCACAGAAACGCAGGUGAAGAUCUGGUUUCAGAACCGGAGAUAUAAAACGAAACGGCGCCAGGUAGCAGCCGAGGUGGCCGCACUGAACCCAACAAAGACCGUGUCCGUUAAAGUCCUGGUGAGAGACGAGGAGAGGCAGCAGCAGCGGGGGGCUGCGGUGCACCUCCCCAUGAACGCGCCACUGUACCAGGAAUACCAGUACUACCCCUACCUGCACUACUACUACCAGCCUUGGAGCAUGGGCAGCAUGCCGUGUGGAGUGAUGCUGUGAGGGUCUCUGAACUUUGCUGCCUCUUAUUCAUUUUUUUGAAUUCUCUGUAUGAUUCUGUGUAGCAAUAGAAGCCUCGUUCCACUGGUUUUUAACACAUGUAUUCACCUACUUUUUAAAUUUAACGUAGGGAAUUUUAGUAAAAAUUUCAAACGUAAACAAAAGGAGAAUUUACUAACUAAAAAUGCAUUUAAAAUCAUUUAAUCAGGACAGUCUUUAAUAAAAUAAUUUCUUGUUCUAAUCAUCUUCUCCAACUUUGUUCUAUUUAGUCACAUAUUUCCUGAGUUUGAUCUUUCUUUUUAAUUUUAAAGGAUAAAUUUCAAUGUUUUUAACCAUGUCAGACCUGGCGUCCACAUGCAUGGACAUCACCUUUUGGGUUAUAAAGUUAAUUCUGCUUAACUGGAGUCCUGUGUAUUUGAAGGGUUACUUCAAAUUGGUUUUACAAAGUAAAAAUCAGAUCAAACCCAAUUUUUGCAUUUGGUGAAAUUAUUUAGAAAGUAGACUACUUUAUGAUUUAAACAUUUUAUCAUCCUAAAAGAGACAAGAUCUUACAGAAAGUUUGGUUCUGGUCCUGUGGAGCUUAUUAAAACUAACAUUGAUCCACAGACUUCAUUAUUGUCACAUCAGAACUAAGGUAUGGCUUUAGUCAUAAAAAUUAAUUGCGAUAUUCAGAUAAUUUACAUAAAGUCUUUUUUGAAGCAGGUGAAUGCACCUCCACUUUCAAAAUAGCUGAAGGAAAUCCAAAAUAGCUAUUAAGGAGAGAUAUAUUAACUGUAAAUGUAUACAUUCUGCAACUUUAAGUAAUUCUGUUCUUUUUUCUUUUACACUAUUUGCCAAAAAUCCAAGAUUUUAUGAAGUAAUACGUAGAUUAUAAACAAAUCCUAAACUUUUACAAACUUCUUCUGAAAAAAAAAAUCUUUAAAGGUACUGAGAUGGAAACAAUCUUUUUCAUUUUAAGGACACUUUUUUGGUGAUUAAACAAACUAUUUUAACCUCAACGGACUUUGUAUUUUGAGAAUUCAUGUAUUUAUCGCUCAUCUUUUUAUGUCAGAACUGGUUUGGGGGAAAAAAAAGAUAAUGUAUACAAACACCCCAAUAUGCCAAAUGUGUAGUGUGAUUUUGUAAAGUUUGGACGUGAGCUCAAAGUGCUGUGUAGCUGUGCUGCAUGUGUCAGAGAGGGUCAAUAGACCGUAGAGGUGUUUCACCAUCCAGCCAUCCUGCACAUGGAAGACAUUCAUCAAGCUUUACUCACAAGACUACACCCCUAUGUUGAAAGCAUAAACACAACUGUCACACUUGAAAUAAAAACAUAAUUCAUACACAAA